UAGACCGUCGACAAGGAAGGUGCUACUCUGCCGCUCUCUCUCUCUUUCUCUCUCUUUUUCCCUCUCUGUGUCUCUCUCUCCAUCUCUCGUUCGUUCUCGCUCUUUGUUUCUUUUGUUUUUCGUUUCUUUUUUUUUUUUUUUUUUUUUUCGAUACGACAAGGUCCAACGGGAGAGAUGGCGAGCGGAAAAGGAGGAAUAUGUAAUGCCGUGCCAGCGAGAGUGUCACUGCUGCUCCUGACGGCGGCUGGUGUGAUGGUGUUGUACAUAGUCCGAGUUAAUCUGUCCGUCGCCAUCGUGGCCAUGUCCUACACGCCCACCGCGGACUCGAGCAACGGCGCCUCCACCAAGGCCUUCUGCUUUAGGAAUGAGACGGUCAGCGGCGGGCCUUCGUCAGCAGUGUCGCCGAUAGAGGAAUCAGCAAGCAAUGGCACUGACGUUGAACCUGGUGAUACAGAUUCCACUUCAGACAAGGUUAGCGUAGUAUAAAAAAUCAAAUAGAAACUGAAAUAAAAGAAUUAAAUAAUAGU